AUGGCCACAAUAUCAUGGGGGACUAUCAAGUCCCUGGUCAUCUUCUUCGGGCCAAUGCUGCUCCCCAAGGCCAUAACCUGGUUCAACGCCGCGCGCGCAGCACAGCGCAACCCAAAGCAGCCCACCCGGCCCCUCCCCACCCGCACCCUCGCCGCCAUCCUCCUCCUCGCCACGGCCGCCCUGCUCCUCGCCGCGAGCACCCUCCCCAUCCUAGCCCCCGAGAACGUCUUCGCCGUCACGCGCUCGAACCCAACCUCGUCCAACAACCUGAUCCUGUCGCGGCUCUCGUCGCUGCGCGCCCUGACGCCCCGGGACAACGUCCUACACGCCAAGUUCGAGUCGCGCGCCUCCAAGCUGCUCUACUACAAGUACGGCCCGGACGCCCUCAUCGACUGCCCCUUCUGCAACUCCAACGACCCCACCACCUACCUCCUGUACGCCGCCCCCGCCGUCGCGGCCGUCCACCUGUCCAACGCCCUCCUCCUCGGCGCGGCCACCUCGGCGGCGCUGACGGGCAAGGCCGGCGCCCAGUGGCGCGCGCUGGCCUCUUAUGCGGCGGCUGGCGCCGCCGCGCUGGACCUGUACCUCCUGUCGACGUGGGACCACCAGGCGGGCAACGAGAAGGCCCGCGUGCUGGGGGAGGUGACCUUCUACUUCUGGCGGGCGCGCGCGCUGCGGCACCUGGGGCUCGCGGCGCUGGACGUGCUCGUCGCGGGCGCGCUGUGGCUGAGCGGCACGCGGCGCAUGUUCCCCGUGCCGCCGACGGUCUCGGAGCGCAUCGACGCCGUCGUCACGGGGCUGGCCAAGACGAGGAACCAGCUGCACGCCGCGGGGGUCAUCAAGAACACCACCGCCCGCGACGGGGAGCUGCGGGCCGCCGAGGCGAGGUACUGGGCGCACGAGGCCAUCAUCAUGUCCGAGGCCAUGGAGAGCGAGGAGGUCGUGGGGAGCAUGCGGGACGCCGUGGAGAACAAGCGUGUCGACCUCGACAACAUCGGGCAUGUUGCCGAGACGUAUGCUCGCGAUGUGUUGCAGCAGGCCAUGACGUGA